AUGUCAUCAACAUAUAUCCAUACAGCUUUUUUCGUUCUUCUUGUGACGAUUGUCGUAGUCGCACAGAAGCCUCCAGUUACAAUCGUUAACAGCGGUUCAACAAAUACACCUGGUUAUACGAUCAUAAUUCAGAAUGAUGGUAACACACACUAUUAUAUUGCACCAUCACGAGCCCAGAUUGCCAAUUCAGACGGUACUGGUCAGCAACCUACUUGGACAAAUGGAACAGCACAAUUAUCAUCUUCAACACGAAAGAGUUUGUACUGUCAAACUAAACAUUGUGAACCAUUCAAUAAACUUCCAGUUGAAUCAUGUGGAAAAAGUGUUUCUUUUGGCUUCACUUUGAAACUGACAUACAAAGGAGAAACAACACCUGAUUUAUCUUGUCCAACUACUAACCAAAACUUAGAAAAUUUGAUUACAACAGUCAACAAGGUGAUCAGUGAAUUGAAAAUUUAA